GGAAUAAGUGCGGUUUGAGAGGUCGAUCAUGGGUAAAUUCACCGGGAAGAAUGGGUCAGUGGACCAUGAAAACCAAUCCAAGUUUGAGCGAGGCCCAAACGGUGGUAAGAAGUCUGGUAGAAGACCAAAGGACUUCAGGACAAGACAACGUAUGAACAAGAUUGAUGACCAGUACAAGGAGGCUGUGAGAUCUGCUGCUGCUACGGAGAUGCUGUUGCAAGAGGAUGCUGGGUACCUGGAGGCGGAAGGUAUGGAGAAGACGUUCAAGUUCAAGCAGGAUGAGAUCAAGCAAGCAGUUGAUGAGUCCACUGCCAACAAGGCGUUCCAGUUGGACUUGAAAGAGUUUGGGCCUUAUACACUGGACUACUCCAGAAAUGGUACCCAUUUACUCAUAGGUGGUGAGAAGGGCCAUGUCGCAUCCAUGGACUGGCGUAAAGGUGAGCUUCGGGCCGAAUUGCACCUAGGAGAAACAGUCAACGCCGUGAAGUAUUUGCACAAUGAGCAGUUCUUUGCAGUUGCGCAGAAGAAGUAUACGUUCAUCUACGAUCAUGAAGGAACAGAAGUACACAGACUGAAACAGCAUGUUGAAAUCAAGCACCUGGAGUUUUUGCCAUAUCAUUAUCUUCUUGCCACCAGUGGUAACUCUGGGUUUCUAAAGUACCAGGACACAUCAACAGGUGUUCUUGUAAACGAGAUAAGAACCAAACUGGGGCCAACGCAGUCAAUGACGCAGAACCCAUGGAAUGCCGUUAUACACCUGGGCUCAGCUACCGGUGUUGUGUCUCUUUGGUCCCCUGCUGCCAAUGAACCACUCGUGAAGAUCCAAGCAUGUCGAGGACCAGUAAAGGCCAUCGGUGUUGAUAGAUCAGGCCAUUACAUGGCCGUUGCUGGUGCUGACAAGUCGCUAAAGAUCUGGGAUGUUAGACAGUUCAAGGAGGUAUAUUCAUACUACACACCAACGCCGGCGUCGAGUAUAUCCAUCGCUGACACAGGUGUCUUAUCCGUGAGUUGGGGUCCGCAUGUCACAGUGUGGAAAGAUGCCUUCAGAACCAAGCAAGACUCACCAUAUAUGAACCACAUGAUUCCAGGAUCCAGAAUCAACACCAUAAGACAUGUUCCAUUCGAAGAUAUCCUUGGUGUUGGUCAUACAAGUGGUGUUUCCUCGCUGAUCAUUCCUGGCUCUGGUGAGGCGAACUUCGAUUCAAUGGAGGUUAACCCAUUCGAGACAGCCAAACAGAGACAAGAAACAGAGGUUCGCUCGCUGCUCAACAAGCUCCCAGCAGAUUCCAUUGCUCUGGAUCCAAACUUCAUCGGUACAGUGGACAAGAGAUCCAAUGCUCAGAGGUUGAAACCUCAUGAAUUGGAAGAGCUCACCAAGAAGAAGCAACUGGAAGAAGAGUCGAAGCUGGAACCAAGACCAACUGUUAGAGGUAAGAACUCUGCAUUGCGUCGUCACAUGAGAAAGAGACAGCAGAAUGUUAUUGAUGAGAGAAAGCUGAGAUUAGAGGCCAAUUUGAAGAGGGAGAAAGAACUAAGGGCACAGAUGAUUAGAAAGCAAAAGGGACUGCCAGAGGAGAAAGAGCUCCUGGGACCUGCCUUGGCGAGAUUCAAGUAAUUGGUAUAAAUUAGUGUAUGGAAGACGAAUCACCCUGUAUUUACUAUCAAGUGUAGUAGAAGUUUGACGACAGACUCUCCAAGAACUCCAGCGAGGCCUCAUCACCAUCGAUGUUAACGGCAUCCUCUGAAGACGGUGAUUCGUCACCAUCAAAAUUCAGAAGUUGGACAGUCUUUCGAACUUCGAAAAGCCUAUUGAUCUGCUGAUUCAGAUCCUUUGAAAGCUUCGUGUAGUUCCCCAACAGCAGGUUCAAGCCAUCCACCCA